UGUCGCCACGUCUGUUAACGUUCUACUGCUUCUUACUUGACAACGCCUUCCGACGUCAGUGCAGCGAAACGCCAAGGAACUCACCUGGUAGGCUGAGAAAAGGACGAGCCGUGAGAGAAGAAACACAUUCCUUCGACUCGAAAACCAAACAAAAAGGUUCCCACGAGCUGUCAGAUCUAAUAAUGUGAAAUUGCGACCUACUGUUUUUUGAGGAAUUCUUGACUUCUUGAACCGCAUCUGGUCAACGUGUAUGCUGACAGCGCGGUUUCAUUAUUAAAGUUGUAGUUUAAAGACACUUCCGGGUUAGGAUUGCUCCCAUUUGGAACUGGGAGUUAGAAGCCAGCAUGGAGCUACAGACCAUGACCAAUGGGAACGAUGGAGCGGCAUACUUUUCUGAAGAACAGGUGUCAGCAGGCAACGGAGAUGGUGCGGCCUACAGAUUUUCUGCUCUACCAGAGACAGACAGGUUGCUUUCUGCACAGACUACCGGUUGUAAUAGGGGGACAGUGCCCCCUGACCAUGCAGUGGAAGCUCAAAUUAAUCUGGAAAAUAUGGAAGAGACAAGUGCCGUGUGCAGGGUAAAGCAAGAGCUGAAUGAGGUUAUCUUCUGGAGAGUCAGACUGUGGAUGGCCAUCAUCUUCUUAUUUCUCAUCAUCAUUGCUGUGAUUAUCAUUUCGAUGCUUCUGUGCUCAGUGAUUCAUGAGGACAAGGAUGACAUCUUUGAUCCCUCGUCGUUUAAUGUUCCUCAGUAUUUCAAUGGGAGCUUCCAACUGCCCAAUCUGGUCUUUAAAGAGGAACUUUUCAACAUGUCCUCCAUUGAAAGCCAAACACUCGCUGGUGAACUUCAAGAAAAGCUGGCUGACCUCUACAGAUCCUCCCCUGCUCUCGGACGAUACUUCUCAGAAGCAGACAUAUAUGCGUUCCGGAACCAGUCCGUCAUCACCGACUACCAGCUGACAUUUCUCAUGCCUGCAAAGCAGCAGGAUCAGCUGAGAAACGUAACUCUGAGCAGGGAGAUGGUAUACAACGUGUUCAGACAGUUUCUAUAUGACCAGGAGCCGGAUGAGUCAGGGUAUAUUUUCAUCGAUCCAGUUUCCCUUAAGAUGUUUUAAAACACUAGGAACACGUGUUGUACUUCAUACAAUUCUGUUGUUUCUGCUUUCACUGUCAUUUAAGUGAAACAGUGAGCAAACACUUAACAUCCUUCAGUAAGAUGGAUGCUUGUAGCACAUGAUUCUCAUACUUGUGUGUGAUUUUUCCCCAUGUCUGCAGACAUGUUGCACAUGCUGCAGCUUUACCACAGAAACCUACAUGUCCACAGUCACACACACCCCUGUAGGUCAUGCUGUGUGUGAGAUCUCAUGGUGUGUUCUGGUGCAUUAAGACUGUUCCUUUUUUCAAAAUCAAUCAACAGUGCCUGGAAAUCUACUGUCAAACUGACUUUGAAUUGAUUUUUAGAUUAGCAUUGUGCCUUGUUUAACUGCAAGUUUAACUGACAGAAUAUUGGUAUAAAUGUAAAUGCUGUAAUUAUUUAUUUUCAUUCGUUGUCUAUCACUGUGAUAUCUUAAGACUGUCAGUACAAAACCUGUGUCUUUAUACAUGUUUUUUUUUUACAUAUGAAUAAGUUUUUAUAUUUACAUAGCUAUAUAUAAGUAAAGCUGUGCAUGGCUGUAUAAAACUAUAUUUUCUAUUCGAAAAUAAGUGACCUGUUGUAUUUCUUACGGUUUUUGUGAUUGAACAGCAGAGGGAGUGCAUGUCAUGACAUGCAGGUGAGCUAUUACUGGUUCCUUUGUAUGUUUAUCUUGUCUUCCUCGAUUUCUCUCUCUCCGUUUGGAGGGACAAUCAAUUUGUCACAGCUGAAACUAUGCAGUUAAUCGGAAGCUCAAUGUAAAAGUUAUUACAGUACAUUAAGUAAAUGUGUGAUUCUGUUAAUCUUUUAUUUUUUUACAAUGAACUCAAAAAUAAAUAAUAAUGCCUCCAUGGUGUAAACACAUAUUAAGUUGGCAUUUCUGUUUUUUAAAGAUAUUUUUGGGGGGCUUUUUGCCUUUAAUCAGAUAGGACAGCGGAGAGUGACAGGAAAGUGGGAGAGAGAGUCGGGCUGGGAUCCGGAAAGGACCACGGGUCGGGAAUCGAACCCGGGUCGCCAGCGUACGGUGCAGGUGCCCCAGCCAGUUGCGCCACGGCUGGGGCCUAAAUUGGGAUUUCUAUAGUUUGUUUGGUGUUACAAGAAAAACAUUGUCUCUGAAUGAUUGCACAGUUAUUUUUUUGAGGUACCAACGUUGGUUAUUCUGAGAAGACAAAGAACCAUGUGAACACAUUAUUGUUGAAUAAUGUUUUGAAAACAGACAUAAAUACUGAGCCUUUUUUCCACCUGGGCUCCCUAAGGGGAAAUACUGUAUAGGCACGUGCAGUCCUCAAACAUCCUUGCUGCAUGACAGUCACAUGCUGGUCAAAAGGUCAAGUUUAAACAGCAGAUCAUCAGUGGGAUGCAAGUGAUUUCAACAGCGCAUUAUUGUGCAUAAAACCAUAUCACUCCACCUGCUCUUUGAAACCCUCAAAUAUUGCAAAUGUUGAAUAAACAAGAAUAAACCUUCA